GGUUUUUUGUUAGUGCGCGACUUUGUAAAAAAAGAAGUCAGUCCUUAUGUGUCAAGAAUAAAAGGAUACUUAUUAAGUUUAUCCAGCAAAUUUUUAAAAACCUUUUAGAAGAGGCGAACAAACAAUUUUUUUGUGGUUGCCAGAGAUAACUACUAUAAAAACAAACAAAUAACUGUAUUUUAAAACUAAAUAUCUAUAUUUCUUCCUAGCAACAUAUUUACAGGAUUUUUAUGGCUGUAUGGGGUCAUAGAGAUAUAAGUAGGUUUUGGAUGUACUUACCAGUAAACACCAAAAAUAAGAUCUUUGACUCGAGAUAACCAAGUAGCUAACAGCAUUUUAUAACGUUCGUUUAAACCUUUUGGAACUUGUGGCGGCGAUUAUAAUAUUUUCGCUGCUUUUCUUGUACUUAUGUUAUCACUAACUUGUUGUGUUACUUUUCUUAAGGAUAAUGUCGUGGAGAUAAUGGCAUUGAAUGUUUCCGUGUUAAAAGGAUUUUCCUUCACAUCAGCAUCAUAAGCAGAACUUAAACUGUACUUAAGAUCAGUAGGAAGGGUAGGUUUUCGAUUGGUGACUGGUGAAUACUUUGUUGAGGAAUGUAUACUCACGUAAUGAGCAAACAAAACAUUUUCGACAACUGCUUCAGCUGACUUAUCUUUGAAGAAAAAGAGAAAGAAAAAAAUUGCAAAUUCAUCAUAAAAGUAAUUACUUUUAUUCAUAAACAGGUUGUCUAGACGUCUAUGUGGUUCGAAAGUGUGUAUAAUUUUUUGCACCUUGACCAUUUAAGGGGUCCGUUUAUUACACGCCAUUCUUCGGAAUAUGCAGGAAUUGAGCUUGAAUCGUUUUGUAGCCCCUUUAGGAACAUUUGAAGAUAGGAACAGAAGGAAAAUUUGCGUAUUGACGUGCUUCAAGAGAGUACAAAUGAGCCUUGGAAGAACGUGGAAAAAGUGCAAACUCUUUUCUGUCACAAAAGGGAUGAACAAGGGGUACAGAUGGAAAGAGCACAUAGAACUAUUAUCUGGUAGAACCUCCUUAAUGUUGUGGUUGUGUGGCCGUGAAAUGAGGAAUUACAUAAUACUUGGAAACUAGUUCAAUGGCCUGUGGAAAAAUCCACUUAAUUCUAGGAAGCAUGCAUUUAAGGACAUAAAAUUUUGAUGACGUCAGCUAUGACCUGUCCUUACCUAUUUUCCAACAAAGAAAAAAGAUUGAAUAACCGUUAUGUAUUUAUUUUUUAUGCCUAUGUGACAAGGUACCUCACCCUAAAAAUUGUAUUAUGACUAAAUUAUUUGUUUGAAUCUCAUAAAUUAGAGAAUAAGUAGCAUGCAUAUCGAUUUUACACAUAUUUUUUAUUUCGUUAGCAGCAAAUCCAUUAUUAAUUCUUAUUGUCACACCUCUCAAAUUGAUCUACAGCUUCUCACAAGCGAUUCGUUAUUUGAACAUGACGAACAUAAAUAUUUGGCCUAUUUUCUUGGUUGCGAUUAGCAUGGCAAAUUGGUGUAAAUGUACACAUUACGUAAAGACACUCAAAAAUACAAAAUAUCAAAUAAUAACCGAGAUUUUCUCUUGUGGUUCUCUGUUAACAUGCGUCCAAAAAUGCAGUUUUAGAAAGUUAGAUGCUGUUUAUGAGGAUGGAAAAUGUUACUGUGUUGUUACUACUGGAAACAAGGAUGGCGACGAAAGCGAGAAUAAAAAAGAAGCGACAGAAGUUUAUUUGGCAUUGAAAGAUCCUUUGAAUUAUUCCGACAACGAACAUGAACCAGCCUCAAUUAACCUGUCGCGUGGAAAACCAGCAAGACAAUCAAGCGUACACCGUGGCAGUUUCAGUCCAGAUGCAUCACUUGGAGUGGAUGGAAAUACUAAUGGUAUAUACGAAACCGGAUCGUGUUUUCACACAGCGGGUAAUGAAUCAAACGCUUGGUGGGAAGUCGAACUUCUUCAGAAUGCUGUAAUAACGAAUGUUGUUCUAUAUCCUCGCACUCAUGACUGUUGUCAUUUCAGAGCAAAUAAUUUGAAAUUGCUGGUGAGGUCUGCUAACCAGGAUUCCUGGAAUUUGUGUGCGUUUAUCGAACAACUGGGUGCGACACCAUUUGAUCAAAAAUGCGGUCAACCUGUGGUUGGUAGUAUUUUUCGAAUUGUACAACAAAAUACAGAACCUCUUCAUUUGUGUGAAGUUGAGGUAUUUGGGUACUUUUUAUAAGUACAAACUGCACGAAAUUCAAUUUCACUCAGCUCUGUUAGAAAGUGAAUAAUUUUUCUUUUAUUGUUUAUUAUUAAAUGAUUAGAAAGUGUUAAUUACCUUAAUGAGCAAUUUUUUGCAAUUGAACCAUUAAAAUUACAAAAACAAGUUAUAGUAAUAAUUAAAACAAAAAAUUUCACAGCUGUCGACAAAGAGCGACGUAUUUUUGAGAGCAAUAAGUCGUAUCAAGAGAACUCUAAUAAACAUUGAAGUACACUGUUCGUAAUGAUUUUUAAACAGUCUCUAACGCUUUCUCAUGUUUUUCAUCGUCGUUGUUAUCAUCGUCAUGAACAUGUUGUUGACACGUGUCUGGUGAAGCAACUUUAUAUUAUUCGCUGUUGAAGAUAUUAAUUCUUUGCGUGAUGAAUAAUAUUCAUAUUGCAUUGCAAUCCCCAACUAUUUCUUUUCUUUUUGAUUUCUUACUAUAACUGCUUUUACCUGAUGGUAAGGUAAUUAGAGUUUUGCAUUUUUGAGGAAGUCCGUAGAGGGCACAGGCGCAAGGUAGCUGUUAAAAUGCUAUCUAUAACCUUAUAAUCAAUCGGGGGAAGUGCAUACCGACCCUGUUAUUUUUUGUUUUAUUUUGAAUAACUUUCCACAUCAUUGAAAGGGACUUUAUUUUUUGUGACCUUUUCUAAAAUUUUAUGACGUAUAGCACGGUUAAAAUUUCUUAGUUUUUUUGGGGUGGCUACCUCGUUCAGAGCGGGUGUAACCAGAAAACUUCCAAUAAAAUUUUGAACUAAAAUCUUCACUUUCUACGCUUUAUUUGUUGUAAUUAUUAUUUAUUUAUUAUUUAGAGUUACUCUUAACACAUCUAUUUUGCAGACCUGAAUAUGUGUAACUUACAGACCAGAUUGUUUAUAUUAUAUAAAUACUGAUCACUAUUAAAUUCUCCUGACAUAGAUAUUUUUAUAUUAUCUUUUUCACAAGUUUUUGAAAAAGG